AUGGCGCCCCGCAAGACCACCGCUGGCGACAAGAUCCCGAAAGCAAAGAAAGCAUCCAUUAUCAAAAAGAGCGAAGACAAGGUUAUCAAGCGGCCCGCCCGCGGAUAUCACAAAUUUCGGAAUGGUCUGCUGAAUGUCGCGCCCAAAGGCGAUGAGAAGGAAAUCACCAAGCAGAAUCGGACCUCUCCACUUCUACAACUACCGCCUGAGAUUCGCAAUGUUAUCUGGAAACUUGUAAGGAAACACCACUAUACGAAUUAUAUCUGA